CACACACCCUAAGCGCGUGGAGGCAGGACGUGUAAUUCUAGGUCCCGGUUUUCAACUCGUCCUCGCUCGCCGACGCUGUGACGUCAUACGCGGCUUUGCAGAGACUACGUUCGCUGCGCCGGUGUAACGGAACGGUGGCCGGGAGGUGGAGCCUCCCUCGCAUGGAGCAGUAAGCGGUUAGAGAAAGAUGUUGGUUGAUUCUGCUGUACCAGAAAGGGGCAAACCUAUUGUCAGAAUUAGGGAGCUGGGAGUAUAGCAGCAGACAUGGAUGAACAGGCACUGCUUGGACUAAACCCAAAUGCCAAUGCUGACUUCAGAGAACGAGCCUUGGCCUAUUUUGAGCAACUAAAGGUUUCCCAUGAUGCAUGGCAGGCCUGUGCAGAAGCAUUAGCCCAGCGUGUGUAUAGCGACGAUCAUGUCAAGUUCUUCUGUUUUCAGGUCCUGGAACACCAAAUUAAAUUCAAGUAUUCAGAAUUGACGAGUUUACAACAACAACUAAUAAGGGAAACUCUUAUGACAUGGCUUCAAUCUCAGAUGCUUAACGCACAACCAGAAAAAACAUUUAUCCGUAACAAAGCAGCCCAAGUGUUUGCCUUGGUCUUUGUGACAGAGUACCUCACAACAUGGCCCAAGUUCUUCUUCGAUAUUUUGUCUGUAGUAGGCCUUAAUCCUAGAGGCGUGGACCUCUACCUCCGAAUCCUAAUGGCAAUUGAUGCAGAGGUAGUGGACAGGGAUAUAAUCCAUAGUCCAGAGGAAGGCCGGAGAAAUACAUUACUAAAGGACACAAUGAGGGAACAGUGUAUUCCAAGUCUGGUAGAAUCAUGGUACCAGAUCCUUCAGACUUAUCAGCAGAGUCAUUCAGAAUUGACAUGCCAGUGCCUUGAAGUGAUUGGAGCUUAUGUCUCUUGGAUUGACUUAACCUUAAUUGCUAAUGACAGGUUUAUCAAUAUGCUGCUAAGUCAUAUGUCUGUAGAGGUUCUUCGGGAGGAAGCUUGUGACUGUUUGUAUGAAAUUGUAAAUAAAGGAAUGGAUCCAAUUGAUAAAACCAAAUUAGUUGAAUCCUUGUGUCAAGUGUUACAGUCCGCAGGAUUUUUCAGAAUCGAUCAGGAGGAAGAUGUGGAUUUCCUUGCCAGAUUCUCAAAACUUGUUAAUGGAAUGGGUCAAUCUCUUAUUGUAAGCUGGACUAAGCUUGUUAAGUGCGGCGACAUGAAGAGUGCCCAAGACACACUACAGUCCAUUGAAUCCAAAGUGCCUCUGAUGUUACAGUUGCUUGUUCAUGAAGACGAUGACAUUUCUUCCAACAUUAUUGGAUUUUGUUAUGAGUAUUUACACAUCCUGAAACAGCUUGUCAUGCUUUCAGAUCAGCAGAAAACAAAUGUUGAGGCGGUAAUGCUGGCUGUUAUGAAGAAGUUAACGUAUGAUGAAGAAUAUAAUUUUGAAAAUGAGGGGGAAGAUGAAGCAAUGUUUGUAGAAUACAGAAAACAGUUAAAAUUAUUACUGGAUCGUCUUGCACAAGUCUCACCAGAGUUGUUGUUGGCCUCUGUUCGGAGAAUCUUUAACAGCACACUACAGAAUUGGCAGUCUUCACCCUUUAUGGAAGUGGAAGUUGCGAUAAGAUUGCUGUAUAUGUUGGGAGAAGCGAUCCCAGCAUCCCACGGUGCUCACUUCUGCGGCGAUAUUGCAAAAGCAAGUGCUUUACAAGACAUGAUGAGAACUCUUGUAACAUCUGGCGUGAGUUCUUAUAAUCACACAUCUGUUGCAUUAGAGUUCUUUGAGACUGUGGUGAGAUAUGAGAAGUUCUUUGCUGUUGAGCCUGUUCACAUUCCGAAUGUUCUGAUGGCAUUCUUGGAUCAUAGAGGACUGAGACAUUCUAGUCCUAAAGUUCGCAGUAGAACAACAUAUCUUUUUUCACGAUUUGUAAAGUCUCUUCAUAAACAGAUGAAUGCGUAUGUUGAAGACAUUCUGAGUAGGAUUCAAGACCUACUUCAAUUGUCUCCACCCGAAAAUGGCUUUCAGACCUUGCUUAGCAGCGAUGACCAGCUUUUCAUAUAUGAAGCUGCUGGUGUACUCAUAGUUAAUAGUGACUACCCAGCAGAUCGGAAGAGUAUUCUAAUGAGAAAUCUACUGGCUCCGUUGAUGGAAAAGUUCAAAAUUUUGUUGGAAAAAUUGAUGAUGGAGCAAGUUGAAGAGAGACAGACAGUAUUGGCAGAUUGCCUUAAUCAUGCUGUGGGAUUUGCUAGCCGUACAAGUAAAGCCUUCAGUAACAAACAAACAGUAAAGCAGUGUGGUUGUUCAGAAGUCUACUUGGACUGUUUAAGAACAUUUUUGCCGGCCCUCAACUGCCCUGUUCAGAAAGAAAUCUUAAGAGGUGGUGUGCGGACUUUCCUUCACCGAAUGAUCAUCUGUUUGGAGGAGGAGGUCCUUCCAUUCAUCCCAACAGCUUCAGAGCACAUGCUGAAAGACUGUGAAGCAAAGGACCUGCAAGAAUUCAUUCCUUUAAUAAAUCAGAUCACUGCUAAGUUUAAGGCGCAAGUGUCUCCAUUUUUGCAACAAGUCUUCAUGCCACUUCUCCACGCCAUAUUUGAGAUGUUGGUCCGUCCGGCAGAAGAAAACGAUCAGUCUGCUGCUCUAGACAAGCAGAUGUUACGGAGAAGUUAUUUUGCCUUCCUUCAGACAGUUACUGGUAGUGGGUUGAAUGAGGUGAUAGCCAAUCAAAGUGCAGACAAUGUGGAACGUGUAUUAUUCACAGUGAUUCAAGGGGCUGUGGAAUAUCCUGAUCCAAUCGCGCAGAAGACUUGCUUCAUUAUCCUUUCGAAACUAGUAGAGCUUUGGGGUGGCAAAGAUGGAUUGGUGGGCUUUGCAGAUUUUGUUUACAAGCACAUUGUUCCUGCAUGUUUUCUUGCACCUUUGAAGCCGACCUUUGACCUUGCAGAUGCUCAGACAGUAUUGGCUUUAUCAGAAUGUGCCGUUACUAUUAAAACCAUUUAUCUCAAAAGGGGGCCGGAAUUUAUCCAAUAUUUACAGCAAGAAUAUCUACCCUCGCUGCAAGUUGCACCAGAAAUUAUACAGGAGUUUUGUCAAGCUCUUCAACAACCAGACGCUAAAUUUUUUAAGAACUACCUAAAGAUUUUUUUUCAAAGAGCAAGACCCUGAGAAAUAAACUGGAAAUCCUAUGCAUUGGCUACUCAUGAACUUCAGUUAUUUAUGUAGAUUUACACAAUUUAUUUUUUUUACUUGCGAUUUCCACUGAUGUUCGCUACAGAAGUUGCAGCCUGCAAUAAAACAUUAAUUAUAUAUUUAAAAGAAAAAUAACUGCUAUGUAUUGCUGGUUCGGUGGAGAUACAUGCUUAGGACAGGAGAUGCUGGACUCUACCCUCUUAUUGCCAUACAAUUCAAGAUUUUUGCCCUUUUCAAUGUCAAAUAGUAUAUGAAAUUUAAUUUUCUUUUUAUUUGGAAAUUUGAAAAUCUGUAAAAUAGUAUUACCAUGCUGGAGAAUCCUUAUGUACAUUUUUUUUUUAAAUUCUAAUUUAGUUGAAGACAUUAAUCUUAUAAUGUGGAUUAAUAAAAACAAUCAAAUUAAUUUUGUACAUAGUCAUGACAUAUUAUUAUAAAUGCGUCAAACGGCAUAGCUUCACCUCUGGUUUCUAUUUCUGUAAUACACUGCACAUUUUGUUCUCUUUAAGUAAACUACAACAUCAUGCCUCUGCAGCACUUUUUUCCUGAACUGCUCUGUACCUCGCUGAGUCUGUAUGCCAAGUCUGAUUAAAUGCAGGAUUAAAUCAUGCAACCACUUAUAUUAUAAAGUGGGGGGUGGGGGGAUUGGUAUGUAAUUGUUAAAAAAAAAAAAAUAAAAAAAAUAGCAGCAUCUAGUCCUACAGGAUUUUUAUAUGUGAAGAAAACAAUAAAUUUUAUGUAGCCUGAUCCAAGUAUUUGGAGUCAUUGUUUUGAUGCAAUUACACAUAGGGACAUGUAAAGCCAAUUUAAGUUAACACAAUUUUAUUGAAAAUUCAUAAUCCAAUAGUAAAAAGAAAA